AUGAGGAUUCUUGUCUUCAUCUGUCUUAUCUUCUUGCAUCAGCUCUGUGAGGGAGCUGGAAAUGGUAAGAAGGCGGAGGAUUCCAAAGGUGCUGCGGCAAAAGUUAGUGGCUCCACCACGCCAGCCGAAGCUACAGAGACUGCGCCUGUUGAACCUGAUACUAUAGAUGUGAGUAAGAAACCUAAUGAUAAUGAUGCCAUCUUCGUUGAAUACGAUGAUGAAGGGAUUACCUACAAGAGUUACACAUUGAGGGAUAAUGUCACCGCUAAGACUGUCAAGGAAGGAAAUAUCACAAUAUGGACUGUAGGAGACGGUGGAAAACACCUCAAAGUCUUUACAUAUUCCAAGGACAAUGUCCACCUGUGUCGUAUUAAUGUCAAAUCCUCCAAUGAAAUUACUCCUCAUUUUUUUGAGAAGGUAAACGGGAAAUGGGAAUCACUAGAACAUCCGGAAUUCUCUCAAAAACUAAAUGACCUUUUAGAAUCUGUAGACAAAAAAAUGAGACUAGAAUUCAUGAUGCUUUCAGAUGAUGUGGCUGACUUUUAUGAGUAUUAUGCACAUGGAAUGUUAAUCACUGUUGCAUUCCCAAAGUUCAAGACUACGAGUGUAUCCUGUACAAAGGAUGUUUGGACGGCUAACGGUAAUGAAGAGUGUAUUUGUGCUCGUUUUUACACUAGAAGAGGAGGUUUUUGCACCCUUUAUAUAAAGAAUGGUGACAAAACGGAAAUCAAAGACUUUGAAUAUAGCGGUAACCAAUGGAAAAGUGUCUGUAACCGCAACGCAAUUACAGGCAUAUGCACCUCAUAUAGACCCUCUGAGGAUGCAGAAACAAAGGUUACUACAAGUUCCAUGGAUAUUACCAAGGAGGACAAUACAGUUUAUAAUACGAAAACUUUCAUAGUAUCUGGAAUAGAUGUCAAGAGACACACUCCACUCCCAAAUAAAUGGAUUAAUGAAGUUAAAGACGGAGGAGUAUCAGUAUGGAAGAAUCCUAACGGCCAAAGUGAGAGAUGUAUAUCCUGUGAGUUUAAAUCAAAGGGAAAUGUUUCCUUAACAAGUAUGCUUGUUUGUACCAGUUUUGAUCUAUGGUUUCUCUAUUUUGAAAAGAAUGGUAAUGAAUGGAAGAGUAUAGAAAAGAAGGCUGAUUUUGACAAGAAGAUAGAGGAGAUGAAAAAGAUGGAGACUACUCAGCCCACUUCCAUAGCUGAUCUCCUCUCCAAGGUUGACUCUACUCUCUUUAAUGUAGAGGAAGCAGAGGAGGAUAACUUUAAGGUUCUUAAGUUAAAGGCUAAGGAUGGAGUUACUAUUACUGAGCUCACUUACGGAGAAGAAACACUAUGGCAAGCUCCAAAUGCUGGUGAUUCAUGUUCAGUAGCUACUUUCUACCUUGGACCAAACAAUGACCCAGUAGCUGCUUCAUAUAGAUUCAAGAGAGAAAAUGAUGGCAAGACAGUAGAAGGCUACCGCCAAUUCUCUGGUGGAAAGUGGCUCUGUCUUCAGGACAUUGAUAGGGAAGGAUGA